GAAAUAUAAUUCUGAAAUUGGUGAAUCGGAACUAGAAAUCGAAACCGAAUUAGAAGUUGAAACGGAACUAGAUACCGAAACAGAAAAUUAUAGAAACGACAGAAGAAUGGAGAAGGAAAAUGCCAGUAUGAUUAAAUGUUUUGUUUGUGAUAGCAUGUACGUCCCACAAAAUGUGUGCAUUGAAUGCAAUGAACCAUUUCAUACGGAAUGUGGUGCUGAUUUGGAUUUGCCAUUAUGCAAACUUUGUAGCGAUAAAAAAGUAGCUGAUACAGAGAGAAGGGGUUGCAAACAGGGACUUGAAAAACAAGCUGAUAAAAUGCUUACCCAAUCGCAAUGGAAAUUACCAGUUGUCAAUAUAGGUGACAAUGUUUUAAUAAACAUACCAGAGGUAGAUCGUGGACGUCUAGCUCCUCCAAAUAUAUUAGCAAUUAUUAUGGAUAAGACUGAUCAAGAUUUGUACAUUCUUGGCACCAAAAAUGGGAAACUAAAACGAUUAUACAGCCAAAAUGAGUUUCAAUUAUCGCCUUCAGUAUUUUUAUCACUAUCUGAGAUCCCUUCAGGCUCUUCUGUAAACGUGCGUGAAGAAGCAAAGUUGUCUUCUGGUUCUAAGCAAGGGUUUGUCCCAUGUAGUUGCCUGAAAGGAUGUCAAACGAAGGCAUGUAGGUGCGUAAAAUUAAAUAUAAAAUGUAAUUUAAAAUGUCAUAAAAGUUAUUCUUGUAAAAAUUAGUAAUAUUUGUUUUUAAGCUCCUUUCUUUAUUAUUUCUAGUUUUUGUGUCGUUUAAAUGUUCUUGGUUAUCUUUGUGUUUUUUUAAAUAAUUUAUGUUGUACGCGUUUAAAUAAAUGUUUUUUUUUUUAUUUAUAUUCUUUAUAUUAUUUAAAAUGCGUUAUGAGUAAAACACAAUAGCCACAACGCGACGUGGGCAAACUAAAAGCUCUACAAUGGAAAACAAAAGCUCACGAACCAUUAUUUCGUGUCGUGGGUAACACAGUUUACUCACAACGCGAUCUGGUUAAUUAACUUUACCCAUUGUGCGGAAAUAACGUUUCUAAUCGCAUCGUGGGUAAACUACUAUACCCAUAAC